AUGAUGCGCACCGGUCUCCCCAUAUUCCAGCGACUGGGUCGCCAGGCCUCUCUCUUCUCCGUUCCCGCUCUUGCGCGUGUUGUUGGUGCCCGAGCCUUCACAAGCUCUGGGUCCUCAAUGGACUACUCACCCCCGCGGAGUUGGACACCAAUGCCCAUUGUCACCGAGACUGUUGCUGGUGGCUGGCACACCUCCCGGACUGGCCUGGCUAACACUUUGAUGCACAAUCUAGACGAUAUCUUCUCCAAGCUCCUCAAGGAGCGCAUUGUCUGUCUCAAUGGAGAAGUGAAUGACGUUGCAUCCGCAUCAAUUGUCGCGCAGCUCCUCUUCCUCGAAGCCGAUAACCCCAAAAAGCCUAUUCAUCUCUACAUCAAUUCUCCCGGCGGCUCUGUGACAGCUGGUCUGGCAAUUUACGAUACAAUGACCUACAUCGCCGCCCCCGUGAACACAAUUUGCGUCGGCCAAGCCGCCUCCAUGGGCUCCCUCCUCCUCGCCGGUGGCGCGCCCGGCAAGCGCUUUUGUCUCCCCCACUCGUCUAUCAUGGUACACCAACCUUCCGGUGGAUACCACGGUCAAGCGACUGAUAUCGCUAUCCAUGCGAAGGAGAUCCUGCGCAUUCGGGCACAGCUUAACAACAUUUAUAAGCGCCAUUUGAAUGGUCCGAAGAAGCUUGAACUUGAUGAUAUCGAGAAGCUGAUGGAGCGAGAUUAUUUCAUGGGUGCGGAGGAGGCCAAGGAGCUUGGCAUUAUUGAUGAGAUCCUGGAUCGUCGUGUCAAGCCAGAGGAGAAGUGA